GAUGUCAUUAAGGUUGUUUUCCAAGGCCUCAAAGUUGCUACCUCAAAACUGGAAAACUGCCAGAAAAUGGCUAAGGCAGAAAACUGUUUUGUGAAGCCUACUUUGGAGCUCAAUUCAAGGAGCAUGGAUCUGAUUCGAGACCAAAGGCUUCUACAACAUGAAACUAGGUAUGUUUAUAUACCAAGGGAAGGAAUCGGAUGAAAGAUCGGAGUUCUGGAAGGUCUCGAACGAAAGGCGCGAAGUUAGUACGAAAGCUGCCUUUUGACUGUUUUGCGGGCAGCUUACUUGUGCUUCAAGAAAGGAAGUUUAUGGCCGAAUUUAGAGUCCUUUUUAGAGUUUGUUUUUACCUUAAUUGUUUCC